AGUGGCUUCAUUACGUAACAUCACGGCUGGGCUUGUGAAUCUAAGUUACAGCUGUCCUCAUCGACAAUCCUCAAGAUCAAGACGCCGCUAUGGUCAACCUUCGUUCUCAAAAGCGACUCGCCGCAGCCGUCGCCGGUGUUGGCAAGCGCAAAAUCUGGCUCGACCCCGCUGAGCAAGCUGAGAUCGGGAAUGCCAACUCCCGCUCGCACGUUAAGAAACUCAUCAAAGAUGGCCGUGUCAUCAUAAAGCCCACUGUUAUCCACUCCCGUGCCCGCACCCGUGACCUUCUUGCCGCCAAGCGCAAGGGUCGUCACACUGGUCCGGGUAAAAGAAAGGGUACUGCUGAGGCUCGUCUUCCCACCAAGGUGCAGUGGAUGCGGAGACAGCGUGUUUUGAGACGGUUGUUGAGGAAGUACAGAGAAGCAGGCAAGAUCGACAAACACCUAUAUCACUCCUUGUACCAAAAAUCGAAGGGUAACGUCUUCAAGAACAAGCGCGUUCUCAUGGAGUACAUUCACAAAGCUAAAGCUGAGAAGAACCGUACCAAGGUCCUCAGCGACCAGAUGGAGGCUCGCCGUGGGAAGAACAAGGCCACUCGCGACCGUCGUGCCAAAAGACUGGCGGAGAAGCGGCAAGCAAUUCUUGCGGUGGAGCACGAGGCAGCUGUUCAGGAGUAAAAUGGUUCAUGUAUAUUUACGAUUUCAUUCCGACUUGCUUGACGCUGCACCCUAUAGCACUUAUGCUAUGUUCACAUGCCUCUACGAUCGCUCACAUACUUCACCAUGCAUUCUAUUUCUCCUCAUUU